AUGGCACUGAACGCCUACCUAAACAAGCGCGUAUCCGUCCUCACAGUCGACGGACGCACAAUGGUCGGCCUCCUGCACUCCUGCGACGGCAGCAUGAACCUCGUCCUCCAAGAAGCCACCGAGCGCAUUAUCCGACCAGUAGAAGAGGAAGUACCCAGUGAAGAAGUUCCCUUGGGCCUCUACAUCAUCCGCGGUGAUAGCGUAGCAGUUGUAGGACGUGUGGAUGAGGAGAUUGACGGCAAGAUUGAUUGGAGUAAAGUGCAUGGCGAGGUAUUGGGAAGUACGAAACAUACGUGA